AUGGAGACAAAUGGCAGCAACACGCAGAGAGACAUUUACAAGGUGGCCGUGCAUGACAACUCCAGCAACUGCAGCUCGCAGUUUGCUGACGUGGCCUUGCUGCAGACGUUCAAGCCCCUGAUCAUCCCGUGCUACGCUCUGGUAGUGGCGGUGGGCGUCUUCGGCAACUACCUGCUCCUCUACGUCAUCUGCCGAGCACGCAAGAUGCACAACGUCACCAAUUUUUUCAUCGGCAACUUGGCCUUCUCUGACAUGCUCAUGUGCGUGACCUGCGUGCCCUUCACCCUGGCGUACGCCUUCAACCCCCGUGGUUGGGUCUUCGGUCGCUUCAUGUGUUACUUGGUGUACCUCAUCCAGCCGGUCACCGUCUACGUUUCGGUCUUCACGCUCACCGCCAUAGCUGUGGACAGAUAUUACGCCACGGUGCACCCCCUGAAGAAGCGUACCUCCGUGGCCACCUGUGUGUGCGUCCUCGCCGGGAUCUGGCUAAUAUCCUGCGGCCUUGUCACCCCGGCGGUGAGCCACACCUAUCACGUGGAGUUUAAAGACGAAGGCUUCACCAUCUGCGAAGAGUUCUGGCUGGGCCGUGAGAAGGAGCGACGGGCCUACGCUUACACCACCCUGCUGCUCACCUACGUCCUGCCCCUGUCUGCCGUUUUUCUCUCUUACUUGUGCAUCACGGUCAAGUUAAAAAAGUGCGUGGCGCCAGGCCACCGGACCCAAGAGAAGGCCAGCGCCCAACAAGCCCGGAAGAGGAAGAUCUUCCGCUUGGUGGCCCUCUUGGUGUCCGCCUUUGCUCUCUGCUGGCUCCCUAUUCAUGUCUUCAACAUGCUUCGAGACAUCGACAUCCGUCUCAUUAACAAACGCUUCUUCUUGCUUAUCCAGCUGCUUUGCCACCUGUGCGCCAUGAGCUCAUCCUGCUGCAACCCUUUCCUCAACGCGUGGCUGCACGACCGAUUCCGCGGCGAGCUGAGGAAGAUGCUCAAAUGCCGAAGCCGCGUCGGAGCGCCGCUUAACCGCUGCGCCGCCGGUGUGGUUUUAUAA